AUGAACUGCCCCUCGCCCCAACUCCUCCGUGCCUUGCGCGCGUCACUUACUAGUGCACCGCGUUCCUUCAGCCUCGGUGUCAACGCCUCUCAGUUGCCUCGCUCCUUCAAUGCCUCGCUAUGUGCUCCGCUCCCAUCAACACGCCGUAACAAUGGUACAUCAAUCCGUCCAUCUCGUAUGAUCCCGCGCUCUCAUUCCCACAAGCCCAUCAGCCAUGACCGAGGCCCGGAAUCUGACGAAUCAACUCAAACCGACUUUGCCGCACUGGACGUGCUGGGCAACAUGCCCGCCCCCUCGACCGCCGUCGACGCCACCCUCGACUCGGGAUUUCACCUGAAUAGUGGUGUCAAAAUCAGCGGUGGUGAUGCCGUGAUUCUUGUUGGCGGAGAGGCAUUUGCAUGGCGGCCGUGGAAGACCGUCCGGGGCGCCGCAAAUGACCGCGAGGCCAAGGCGGCUAUGAUUAAUGCCAAAGGCCAGUUCGAGGUCGACGAGGCAGCCUGGGGUCUGCUGAGUGCUGUUUAUCCGCGACCAGAUAUGCUCAUCCUUGGUCUGGGCGCUUCAAUGUACCCUCUUUCGCCGGAGACGAAGCGUCACAUUAACUCGCUUGGUAUUCGCAUCGAGGUCCAGGAUACCCGGAAUGCGGCUGCGCAAUUUAACAUGCUGGCUACGGAACGCGGUGUCAACGACAUCGCAGCGGCUCUGAUUCCUAUCGGUUGGAAGGGACGGGGUUAA